AUAAUCUGUAUGUUUUCGUACCUGGUUACUCAAAAAUUAUAUUAGACACUCUGUAUUGUAUGGGCAGGUUUGAGGUUUGUGGUAUAGGAAUCUAUUAGAUAAUAUUCCUGCACACAUGGUGCAAUUAAUUCCUCUGAUGCAGAACAUUCGCUAUGGUCAUUUUUUCUUUAUCUCUAUUCAGUUUUAAGGUGUUGAUUUAGUUCAAUAUACUAUUUGCUGGCUAACAUGGCUAACUGCUACCAAUGUAAUAUCUAAAUACUGAGAUUGCUUUUUUUAAAAUUACAUUUGCAGAUUGGUUCAACCCCCUUAAAAGUUGUCAGAUUCCAAAUGACACACAAAUUGUUCCAGCCUGUAUUUUUACUGCAAACCAAUACGCUCUUAAAGUAAAUUUAAAAAAAAUUGUAAAGUCAGAAUUCAUUAUUUACCAGCAUUGUUUGCAUUUGUUUGGAGGUGAUUUUCACCCAUUCUUCUUGUCAGAUUUGCUCCAGCUUCAUCAGAUUGGUUGGAUGUUGUUUGUUGACUACAAUUCUCAGUGAGAUUCAGAUGUGGACUUGGCCACUUUUUAACUACUCUCUCUUUGUGUUUGGGACCAUUGUCUAACUGAAAGGUGAAGUUUCUCUGAUGCUUGCUUUAUUUAUUUAUUUAUUUAUUUAUUUAUCAGCCUGAAGCAGGUUACUUUGUAAUAUCCCCUGUAUUUUGCUCCAUCCAUUCUCUCUUCAGUUUUGACAAGAAGCCCAGGUUUUGAGGAUGAAAAGUGUCCGGAGAGCCUUUCUGUAGAUUCUCUCACUAGUCUCUAUAUUGUUUUUAAGUUAAGUUUUGAGGGAGGGCCAGGACUAGUAGUGCUUGGGUAGUUUGAUGCAGCUUCCACUUCCUCACUAUUGAUCCAACAGUGUUUACUAGGAUAUCCAAGCUCUUUGAUAUAAUUUUACAUCCUAAAUUCCUGUUAUGAAACUCAUUAUCUUUAGCUCCCUUAGGAUUCUCCAUAGCCUUCAUUUUCACUCCUUUCCAUCAGACUGAGUCUUUUAAAUGACAGUUCAACUUAAUUAGCAAUUAAUUGCUUUGCUCUCAGGACAUAUCAGGGCAUAUGCUAAAAUUUUAACAAAUGCUAAAAUAUGCUAAAACAUUUACUUAAUUCUUUCUUUCAUUAAUCUUCUUAACUGCUAUAUUCUGCUCAAGGUAAUUCUGGUGCCACUCCCGGUUACACUGGGUGCAAGAUGGGAGAAUUCACCCUGGAUGGGACACCAGUCCAUUGCAGAACAUCAUGCAUACACACAUUCACACCUAAGGAAAAUUUAAAGUAGCUAAUCUGGGAAGAAACAGUAGAACUAGACAAAAACCCACCAAACACAGAGAGAACAUGCACAACUUACACACAGACAGACAUAUUUUUUUGUUUAUAUUAUGCAGGAAACAAAUGACUCUUUAAAAAAAAAAUACAACACAGGUGUCAACCUGCAAAAAAUUUUUAAAACUGGGAAUAUACAGUAUAAUGAACAAAAAAGUUUACUUCCCAUGGAUGAAGUGAAUUUUAAUCAUAUACAAUGAAUGGAUAUAAAAAGUCUACACACCCCUGUAAAAAUCUCACUUGUCACAAGGUAUCGAUCAGGUGAGGGGUAUACAAGAAUUUCCAAAACAUUAGAUGUACCAUGGAACACCAUGAAGGCCAUCACCAACAAAUAGAAAAAAUGGAGCACCACAAUGACGUGAACAAAAACAGGACAUCCUUCCAAAAUUGACAAAAGUACAAGACAAAAAAUUACCAAUUACCAGGCAGGCUGCCAACAGACCUACAACAGCAUUAAAGGAGUUGCUGGGAUAUCUGAGAAGUACUGUUUACUCUCUGCAUGUGACAAAAAAUCUCUUGUAUUCUUCACAUAUCUGGGCUGUGGGGUAAGGUGGCAAGACAGAAGCCCUUUCUCGCAAAAAAAAAAACAACCAAAAAAACAGCCAAGCUCAACUAAAUCACCCCAACCCAUGUGGCAAAAUGUUUUAUGGUCUGAUGAGACCAAUUCUGAAAGGUAUAAUAAUUCAACAAUUCCAAAAGGUAUGUUUGGUGAAAAAAAGCACAUCACCAAAAGAACACCAUACUCACGGUGCAGCAUGGUGGUGGCAGCAUCAUGCCAGAACUGGGGCUUUUAUCAAGGUGGUGGGAAAUACCAGUCAAUUUUAGUCCAAAACCUGCUAGUAAGAUGAAGAUUAAAAGGCAUUUCACUCAGCAUGACAAUAACCCAAAGCAUACAUCCAAAUUAACAAAGGAAUGCGUUUACCAAAAGAAGAUCAAUGUUUAUGAAUACAACUAAAAAUCUGUGUCAUGACCUGAAGCAAACUGUGCACAGGAGACGCCCUUAGAAUUUGAUGGAUCUAGAAAGUUUUUUGCACGAAAGAGUGGGAAAAUAUUGCCAAGUCAAAGAUGUGCUAUGCUGAUAGACUCUUCCCCAAAAAGACUGAGUGAAAUCAAAAUCAAAAGGUGAUUCAACAAAAUAUAGUUUAGGGGUGUGCACAUGUAUGCAACUAGGUUAUUGUAACUUUUUAAAUUUUUCCUAUUUUUCUCUAAAAUGUUCGAUUGUUUUUCAUUUAAAUUUUGUACGUUGUAAUUUUACGUUGAGGAUGGAAAAAGUUCUGACAUGAUUUAUCUUGGUUUCUUUUUUUUUUUACGUCACAAAAACCUGCCAUUUUAACAUGGUUGUGUAGACUUUUUAUAUUGAUUGUAGCUAUAGGCUAUAGUGCUUAUACAAAGGAUCAAUCUUUAACUUGCACUUAAUACAAGAAGCAAGCAUAUGCAUGUCAGUAUGUGGAAAGUAUGAAAUUUAAACAACAUUAAGCAAUUUAACGCCGCUAUAAAUAUUAGCCUAUGAUACAGGUUUUCUCUCUUAUUGGUCCUUGCUUGCUGUGCGGGGCUCAGUUUCCUCAUGCUUUUGGGAUGUUUCAUGUUUCACACAGGCUGAACCUUUCUGUCAUCUGUCACCCUCCUCAGCAUUCUUACCUUUCAGUGCACCUCAUAGCCAACACGCUGCAGUCCACACUAUGGACUUUCAUAUAAAUCGGUGGUGUUUAUUUAGUUUAAUCAGUUUUUGCACUCUCGUUGGACAAAAUGAAGGCAUCACAAGAACCUUCUUCAUCGGGAUAAGAGAAGAAAACUGGGAUUAUGCGCCAGGUGGUUAUAACCACAUCACUGGGAAACCAUUUACUCAGGAUGAACACGCAUCUCUGUUCCUGCUUCAAGGUCCCCAUCGGAUUGGCCAUGUGUAUAAGAAAGCCAUAUAUAGGCAGUACACAGAUGCGACAUACACACAGGAGAUCCUCAAACCCAUUUGGCUGGGUUACCUGGGGCCUGUAAUUCGGGCUGAGGUUGAAGACGUCAUAGUGAUCCACCUGAAGAACUUUGCCUCCAGAAGAUAUUCAAUUCACCCACACGGAGUCCACUACGAGAAGGACUCAGAGGGAGCCCUAUAUCCAGAUGGGACCUCUGGAGCAAAGAAGCAGGAUGACAAUGUUCCUCCUGGUGGAAAUUAUACUUAUAGGUGGACAGUAAAGCCAGAGUUUGCUCCCACUCAGGGAGAUCCCAACUGUCUGACUUGGGCUUACCAUUCACAUGUGAUUGCUUUCAAAGACAUCUCUUCUGGACUUAUAGGAGCCCUGCUAACUUGCAAGAAAGGAAUCCUGCAGCCUGUUUCCGAAGUGAACUAUUCCCAGGUAUCAUCAGUGUUUACCAACUCUCAGGUACUAAGGACAGAUGUUGAUAAGGACUUCCUCCUAUUAUUCACCGUGGUGAAUGAAAACCUGAGCUGGUACCUAGAUGAAAACAUCCAAACAUUCUGUUUGGAUCCAGCUAAUGUCAACCACUCUGAUCCUGAUUUCAAACGCUCUAACCAGAUAAAUGCUAUUAAUGGAUAUGUGUAUGGGAACCUUCCUGGGAUUGAGAUGUGCCAAAACAAAAAAGUUUCAUGGCAUUUUAUUGGCAUGGGCAAUGAGGUGGACAUCCACUCGGCAUAUUUUCAUGGGCAGACGUUGCUGAUUCAAGGACAUCGUGUCGACAGUGUCAGCCUGUUUCCUGCCUCUUUCAUGACUGCAGAGAUGGAGCCCUUAACACUAGGAAGAUGGCUGCUGAACUGUCAGGUUAACAGCCAUAUGCAAGAUGGUAUGCAGGCACUGUUCAAUGUUUCACUGUGUGCUGGUGAGACAAACUCUGUCAUUCCUCUGAAUGGGACAGUGAGGAAGUACUUCAUUGCUGCUGAGCUGGUUCGAUGGAACUACGCCCCAUCAGGGAUAGACAGUCUGACUAACCUUUCACUAACUGAAAAUAAGAGGCAUUCAGAGUUGUAUUUUGGGAAGGGUAAUGGUCAUCUCGGUGGAGAAUAUACAAAGGUGGUAUAUAGAGCAUACACAGAUGAAACAUUUGUGGAAAAGAGCAGCACGGAUGCACACCUGGGCAUACUAGGUCCUGUACUAAGAGCUGAGGUUGGGGAUACUUUACAAGUCACAUUUCUGAACAAAGCUGAUAGAAAUUACAGUAUCCAGCCCCAUGGCCUCCAGUAUACAAAGUCAUCUGAGGGAGCUCAAUAUGAGGAUGAUACAGAAAAAAAUGGAUCUCACGUGAAGUCAGGGGAUUCCUUCAACUACACGUGGCAUGUGAGAGAGGGACCAUCUAAGACUGAUCAGGACUGCAUCUCUUACCUGUACUUCUCCUCAAGUGACCCCAUCAGAGACACCAACUCUGGCCUCUUUGGACCUCUACUUGUGUGUAAGAGAGGUACACUGAGCUCCAAUAAUACUCAGAAAAAUGUGGACAAAGAGUUCUUCCUGCUCUUCACUAUGAUGGAUGAAAACCUGAGCUGGUAUCUGAAGAAGAACAUUCAGACAUAUGGGACAAAUGAAUCAGACCCAGAGAAUGAGGGAUUUCAGGAGAGCAACAAAAUGCAUGCGGUGAAUGGCUACAUGUACGGGAAUCUACCAGGACUGGAGAUGUGUGUGAGUGAACGGGUCAGAUGGCAUGUCCUAGGACUUGGCACAGAUGUGGAUAUGCAUGGGAUUUACUUCCAGGGAAACACCUUCAGCAGAGACGGAAUCACCCGCGACACUCUCGCUGUGUUUCCACACACUGCUGUCAGGGUUUUCAUGCAACCAAAUAAAACCGGGCUUUUUGAGGUGAGCUGCAAAGUGAGUGACCAUUACAUGGGAGGGAUGAGGCAGCAGUACAGAGUGAAGAAUUGUGGACAGAACUUGUCUGCUCUUCCCUCUGCUCCCACAGCACACUACUACAUCUCUGCAGAAGAGCUAGAGUGGGACUACUCACCAAAUCGCACCUGGGAGCUCCAUCUCUUCAAUGUUACAGAGGAGAAUAGUCCAGGGAGUGUAUUUGUGGGGACUGGUGAGAACAGGCUUGGCUCCAAAUAUAUAAAAGUGGUUUAUAGAGAGUACACGGAUGCCACCUUCAGCACCAGGAAGCAGCGGCAGUCUUCAGAGAAACAUCUGGAAAUACUGGGUCCAAUCAUCAGGGCAGAGGUCGGUGAAGUUCUUCAUAUUACAUUUCUUAAUAAGGCUAGCCGUCCAUACUCUGUCCAGCCUCAUGGAGUGAAAACCUCACCUCAGAAUCCAAAACCUGUGUUGCCCGGAAACAUGAGUAUGUACCAGUGGAUUGUUCCAGAGAGUUCCGGCCCAGGAGUCGCCGAUCCAAACUGCAUCACAUUUGCUUACUACUCUACUGUGGACUUCAUUAAGGACACAGUCAGUGGGCUAAUUGGACCCCUGGUGAUCUGCAGGAAAGGGAUACUAAACCAAAGAAGACAAAGACUGGAUGUGGAUAGAGAGUUCGCUCUUCUUUUCUUUAUCUUUGAUGAGAACAUGUCAUGGUACCUGGAGCAAAACAUCCAAACCUACUACAACAGCUCAAAACCUCCAAUCAGAAAUGACGACUUUGUAGAGAGUAAUAAAAUGCAUGCAAUUAAUGGCAAGGUGUAUGGAAACCUUCAGGGAGUGGAAAUGCGGCAAGGGGAGAAAGCAAACUGGUAUCUCCUUGCGCUGGGUAAUGAAGUGGAUCUGCACACAGUGCAUCUACAUGGCCAGACCUUCAUCUACAAGACAGACCUUCCCCACCGGGCUGAUGUGUUUGACCUGAUUCCAGGCACAUUUCAGACACUGGAGAUAGUGGCAGACACUGAGGGAACGUGGCUGCUGCACUGCCAUUUGGAUGACCACAUUCUUGCAGGCAUGGAGACCACCUAUAUCGUCAAGAGAUCAGGUGCCAGUGCUGUGACUCAUCACCUGGGCGUAGUCUCCAUCUUGGCCUUUAUCUCCACCCUUGGACUAAAGUGUUUUAGUAACUAAUUAAAGAAUAGUUUAUAGAUACUUUAUAGAUACUUUAUAGGUUUUGUUAAAAAAACAACAUACAUAUAUCUAUUGUUUUAGUGGUGCAUAAUAAAUGGAAGAUUAUCAACCAAAAUCUUAGUUAUACAGUCACUAACACAGAAAUUCCAAAACCUUGAAGAAAAUUUUAUACAUAUUUUCUUCAGUUAUGAUAUAUUUUUUCUUAAAAGUUAGGCAAUGUUCACCUGCUACACACAAAUUUCAUACCUAAACUCUUUUGCAUUAAAAGCACAUUUAAUCCAACAGCACACUUAACCUUACUUUGUCAUUCAAUACACAUCAUUCCACUCAGCAUAAUUCAACUCAAAUGAAAUGUAGUUCUCAUGGACUAAGCGCAAGCUUAAAUGUUAACACAUAUUUCUAAAGUAUUUCACACUGAAUACACAGAUAAAAAAAAAAAAAAAGUACUCAGGUGAGCUCUUUUGUAUGUUUGGUGACAUGAAGAGAGGCCAAAUAGAGAAGGAGAAGGUCGAAGAGGAGAGAAUGUGUCAAAGAAGAUGAAGAGGAACAACCAAAGAAAUAUAUGCAACUACCUAUGAGAGAACCCAGACAGACCAGACAUCUAAACCUCUGUUGUGUCUAAAUCACUUCAGUAAUCAGGAUGGAUGAAGAAGACUCUCUAUAUCUGUUUGCUUUUGCCAGACAGAGAUGCAUUUUAGUGAAUUGAUUUUGAGUGUUUAGAUUUAUAUUUAGGGUUUAACUGUUUUAGCUGUUUAAUUAAAACAUGACUAUAGCCUUUAAAAGUCUAUAACAUGACUUUUGUGUAUCUUACAGAGCCCUGCUGGUGAUAUCCCUUUUUUAGAAAAAUCAUGUGAGGCCUGAUUAAUGCAAGGGAACUGGAUCCAACUGCAUAGCCAUAACUUAGUAAGGCGCCAUGGCUACCCUAUGCUUUACUAUGUGAUCAGAAGCACGGCUUACUGAGAAUAAUUUUUAAUGACAUGUUUAGUAAUGUGGGAUACAUAAUUUCACUGUGUAGACCAUUAUGUAUAUAGGUGUAGGUCUUUACUUUCAUCCUCAAUAAAAAAAAAUAAUACUUUUAUAUAUGUUUAUAGAAUUUAAUGUAAUAUUUAUUCAUGGCAUCAAUGAAUGAACGUUCAAAAACAAGAAAAGUCUUCAAAAGACCUUCAGCAUAUUCUAAUACUAAGACAAAUAAGUAAAUAUUACUACGUAUUAAGAUGUUGGUCUCAGUGACAUUUUAUAAUUCAUUUCUUAUAGCAAUAAUAACAACAACAACAACAACAACAGGUAAAAAACAAAUUGUUAAUAAAAAAUCAACAUCAAUUUCUAAAAUCAUUUGAAAUCAGU